GGCCGUGAUGUCAUCUCCCGGACCUCUUGUCGCACAACGCUGACGUCAUCCUGGGCCCCGUGCACCCCGGUGUGGAGGAGCUGAACCAUGGGGAAGAAAGGGAAGAAGGAGAAGAAGGUGAAGGGGGCGGAAAAGACGGCCGCCAAGAUGGAGAAGAAAGUCUCCAAGAGGUCCAAGAAGGAGGAGGAGGAUCUGGAGGCUCUGAUUGCCGAGUUCCAGUCUCUGGAUGCCAAGAAGACUCAGGUGUUGGAAACGGCAUGUGCUCCGCCCAGCCCCAGGCUGAACUCCUCGCUCACCUCUCACCCCGACAAGGAUGAGCUGAUUCUCUUUGGAGGUGAAUAUUUCAAUGGCCAAAAAGUACAGUAUUCCUUUAUUCCUUCUUAUCAGUCGUCAUAG